AUGGCUCCGUUCGCCGACAUUAGCGUCGAUACGAAGCCGUCAGCGUAUAACACGACCGAGACUGUUAUGCGAAAUGGAAUGAUGACACCGUUGUUCUCCGGCCGACCUCGCUCCUACAUCGAUCCCCACACGUACGAAGAUCCCAGCCUCCUCAUAGGAGAAUUCGCCGUGGAGAUCGACACUUCUCUCAUCAUGAUCGAAGCCAUCAUAGGAGGAGGAGAGUUUGGUGACGUAUGUAAGGGUCACUUGAAGACGUUGAAGGAGGAGAUACCGGUAGCCAUUAAGACGAUCAAGCCGGGAGCGUCGGACAAGGCGAAGCGAGAUUUCCUCGCUGAAGCGACCAUCAUGGGACAGUUCGACGAUGCCAACGUCAUACAGCUAAAGGGCGUCGUCACAAAGAGUCACCUAAGGCAGCUGAUACAGCUCGUAGGCAUGCUGCGCGGCGUCACGUCCGGCAUGAAGUACCUCUCUGAGAUGGGAUACGUUCACAGG